UCACCUUCAAGUGGUGAGCUCUCCUGACCUCCGGCCAGUCUCCGCUCCGUUCAAGGCCAGCCGAUCUGCCCGCUCCCGGUGGGGUCGGGCAGUGCCGGCUGGACCCGCCCCGAGCUCCAUGGUUUGCCCAACCCUGCGCGAUGGUGACUCUGGGCGCGGAGGUUGGCGACUGGCAAAUCCGCAGAUCACAGAAUGAAGGCGGGGAGCGCGGCCGGCGGCCGGCGGGGGCUUUCUCCCCCACCCCAGCGCCCAGCGAAGCGGCUCAACCACCUGAAUUCGGAAAACGCCAACAAGUAGUUUCUCGUCGGAGAAGGGCGGCUCAGCUGGGCGCCAAGACUCAGUCCCGCUGCCCAGAGAACCUCGUCCACUCGGAAACCAAAGCAGAACCACUUUUCUCUCGGUCUCCUUAAGUCAUGUCUGAGUCACAGAGAUGGGCAAGAUCGAGAACAACGAGAGGGUGAUCCUCAAUGUCGGGGGCACCCGGCACGAAACCUACCGCAGCACCCUCAAGACCCUGCCUGGAACACGCCUGGCCCUUCUUGCCUCCUCCGAGCCCCCGGGCGACUGCUUGACCACGGCGGGCGACAAGCUGCAGCCGUCGCCGCCUCCACUGUCGCCGCCGCCGAGAGCGCCCCCGCUGUCCCCUGGGCCAGGCGGCUGCUUCGAGGGCGGCGCGGGCAACUGCAGUUCCCGCGGCGGCAGGGCCAGCGACCACCCAGGGGGCGGCCGCGAGUUCUUCUUCGACCGACACCCGGGCGUCUUCGCCUAUGUGCUCAACUACUACCGCACCGGCAAGCUGCACUGCCCCGCAGACGUGUGCGGGCCGCUCUUCGAGGAGGAGCUGGCCUUCUGGGGCAUCGACGAGACGGACGUGGAGCCCUGCUGCUGGAUGACCUACCGGCAGCACCGCGACGCCGAGGAGGCGCUGGACAUCUUCGAGACCCCCGACCUCAUUGGCGGCGACCCUGGCGACGACGAGGACCUGGCGGCCAAGAGGCUGGGCAUCGAGGACGCGGCGGGGCUCGGGGGCCCCGAUGGCAAAUCUGGCCGCUGGAGAAGGCUGCAGCCCCGCAUGUGGGCCCUCUUCGAAGACCCCUACUCGUCCAGAGCCGCCAGGUUCAUUGCUUUUGCUUCUUUAUUCUUCAUCCUGGUUUCAAUUACAACUUUUUGCCUGGAAACACAUGAAGCUUUCAAUAUUGUUAAAAACAAGACAGAACCAGUCAUCAAUGGCACAAGUGUUGUUCUGCAGUAUGAAAUUGAAACGGAUCCUGCCUUGACGUAUGUAGAAGGAGUGUGUGUGGUGUGGUUUACUUUUGAAUUUUUAGUCCGUAUUGUUUUUUCACCCAAUAAACUUGAAUUCAUCAAAAAUCUCUUGAAUAUCAUUGACUUUGUGGCCAUCCUACCUUUCUACUUAGAGGUGGGACUCAGUGGGCUGUCAUCCAAAGCUGCUAAAGAUGUACUUGGCUUCCUCAGGGUUGUAAGGUUUGUGAGGAUCCUGAGAAUUUUCAAGCUCACCCGCCAUUUUGUAGGUCUGAGGGUGCUUGGACAUACUCUUCGAGCUAGUACUAAUGAAUUUUUGCUGCUGAUAAUUUUCCUGGCUCUAGGAGUUUUGAUAUUUGCUACUAUGAUCUACUAUGCCGAGAGAGUGGGAGCUCAACCUAACGACCCUUCAGCUAGUGAGCACACACAGUUCAAAAACAUUCCCAUUGGGUUCUGGUGGGCUGUAGUGACCAUGACUACCCUGGGUUAUGGGGAUAUGUACCCCCAAACAUGGUCAGGCAUGCUGGUGGGAGCCCUGUGUGCUCUGGCUGGAGUGCUGACAAUAGCCAUGCCAGUGCCUGUCAUUGUCAACAAUUUUGGAAUGUACUACUCCUUGGCAAUGGCAAAGCAGAAACUUCCAAGGAAAAGAAAGAAGCACAUCCCUCCUGCUCCUCAGGCAAGCUCACCUUCUUUUUGCAAGACAGAAUUAAAUAUGGCCUGCAAUAGUACACAGAGUGACACGUGUCUGGGCAAAGACAAUCGACUUCUGGAACAUAACAGAUCAGUGUUAUCAGGUGACGACAGUACAGGAAGUGAGCCACCACUAUCACCCCCAGAAAGGCUCCCCAUCAGACGCUCUAGUACCAGAGACAAAAACAGAAGAGGGGAAACAUGUUUCCUACUGACGACAGGUGAUUACACGUGUGCUUCUGAUGGAGGGAUCAGGAAAGUGUUGUACAGAAUUUAUCAUGGAUUAUUGACUGCUGAGAAAGGGACAGUGGAAUUUAGCCAUACCAAGGACUAUACUGGAAACAGACUUCUGCUGCUGAAUGUGCCCUGAUGUGACCAGGUUGCACUUGGAAGAGAUCCUCACGUCUUCAUGAGGCACUUAAAGCUUAUAAAAGAACUGUGGCUGGAACUCAUCUGGUGCUCCCCAUGAGAGUGCUCCGCUUGUAGACUGGCCAGUGUCCAUGAAACAACUGUAAAUACCAACAUGUGUGCAUGGGUCAACAGUCUUGGCCAUUUCUCAUCAAAAGAAGCCAAAUUCAUGAUCAACAUCUCUGAAGUUUCAAGUAAGGCCCACACUUCUUUGAAUUACUCUUCAUGGGCCCACAUUAGGUUGUGCUGUGAAUUACUUAAGGCAGUGAUACUGAUGUAGUAUAGUUCUGUCUUAAUUUCCCUUAUUUCUACUUCGUUGGUUGAAUCUAUGAAAUUGAUUGUAUCAUUUUCUUAUAAAUUUCUGAUGUAAUCAGCUUGUCAAUUAUGUUGUGAAAUUGUUAGUAUUCAUUUAUCAAAAAUGACCUAUGUUUAGUCACAUAUUUGUUUAGUUCUGGGAAAUUGUUAUAGCUUAAAUGAAACUCACCAAUAUUAUUCAUAGUUUAAGUCUUUUAUCAUUAUUACCUCAAUUAUAAAUAUUAUGAAAACAUAAUUCUGGCAAUGAGAAUAUUUUUUUAUUCAAUGAUCAAGAAGCAAUGUCAGUAUAUAGUAGAAUAUCAAUUAAAUUAUAUCCUAAAAUGUAUAUUUUGCAUAAAAGAGAUAUUCUUUAAUCAAUUACUUUUUUGUGAGUUUUGUGGCAAAUGAAGCUUGUAUGUGUCUUUAAAACUGUUGUAGACGAAACUGUAUAAGAUUUUUACAUCUUGCUUAAUCAAUAUUUCCAGAGUCUAUUAGUUCCCCUGGGAUUCUGAAUAUAACAUAUAGCCUAUUACAAACCCCUGUAUCGUGGACCUUUUGUGAACAUUUCAAGGCGCAUGCACAACCUUGAUGAUAACCAGUGCAAAUGUAACUAACUGAAAUGAAGAAUAAAAGGCAAAUGAGCUGGGGAUAAACUUGAAUCUUAUCCGAUUAAAUUACUCAAAUUAU